CUACGGAAUUACUACGGAAGAUUUUCCCAAAGAUAAUCAAUUCCGUCUUCUUCGCAUAUGCAGGGCUAAAUCUCCACCUUAUCUUCAUCCCUGAUUUAUCUCCAAAAAUACACUGAUUUUCCGAUUAAUUUCUUAACCGAAGGAAAGGAAUCAAGCCUCUAAAGAAGGAAAUUUUUGGUCUUAAUCAUAGAAGUCAUAGAAGGAAAGUGACUUCUCCCAUUUUUACUAUGCCUACCAUCGCAGAAGGAAAAUUCUGCAGCCCAGCCGAUCUUCGCUUCAUCACAGAAGGAAACUCUCGCAAAAGGAAACACUGGCAGGAGGUAGCAAAUCUCUUCAGCCGAUCUUCACUCUUAAUUGAGAUCCAAAAUUCCAAAUUUGAGAUUCAAAUUUGAGAAUCGAGGUUCAUUAUGAAAAUUUUGUGGCCGCUGCAAUCACUGUUAAUAGGAAGAAGUCUUGAAGACAAUUUGGAAGAGUAAUCCCCAGCUCCAUUAAAGUUCUUCUUUUGAGCUUCAGAUUUAUGAUUUUAUAGGCUACGGUUGAGUUGAAGAACUUCUCUCUUAAAGAAAUACGAGGACAUGAUUGGUUUGGCGAGCUUUGAAAUAAGCGAUACAUGCAAGAAAGUCACAAUUAGCAUUGGAAUUCAUCGUCUCCACUCAGGGGUCCAAUCAAAUAGAGCAAUGCCCAAACAUACAAAGUGAUGCAAUCUGCAGAGACUGUUCUUGUGGACACCAUUAUGUUUGAUUUUGCAUCCAAUCACAACAGCAUUUCCAAUACAUGCAUCUAUAGGUUGAGAGUGCACAGAUGAGACCCAAAUCUGUGUCAAUGCUACCAUGAGUACAGUAAGGUUGCUUCACUUCUUCAUUACUAAUCUGUAGUUGGAACAAAGAUGUGUGGGCAGUAGUAGUGUGGAGCUAUUCCCAUUUUUAAGAUCAACAAGGAGAGGGUUCAGUCACGGGGGAUUCAUGACGAUACUUAUGAUCUUCUGCUUCUGAGGAAUGCUUCUGAUUAUUGCUUGAGCACUUUAAAGUUAAAACAAUAAUACAUCUAUCAAUACAGUCCAUGCCAAAAUGAAGUUUAUAAGACAAUUGAUGUGAUACCAUGAAGGUAGACCACCCUCAAUCCAAGCCCAGCAUAGCCAUAAAGUGUUUUGGUGUGGCAUCGGUAUGCCCGAUGUGGCUCUCCGUCCCAUUUGGCACCACCGCCCCUGCCGUUUGGGAGUCGGUGUUAACGGCAUCCUCAUCUCAAUCCCAAGGCAACCACCGCCGCCGCCAUUAAAAGACGCAAGUUUUUAAAGCCCGGCCGGCCGCCCUUCCAGUUUGUGUUCGUUCAAAAUCACCAGAAAGAAGAAGAAGAAGAAAUAUAAUAUGCAGGCGCAAGAAGAGAGAAGCGGCGGGCAAAAUGGAAGAGGAGAGGAAGACCAGCAGAUUCCGUCAAUGGCGUUGAACCACGUUUCCAGGCUGUGCAGAGAUGUCGGGAAGUCUGUGGAGUUCUACACCAAGGUGUUGGGGUUGGUGGAGGUGGAGCGGCCGCCGGGGUUCGACUUCGACGGCGCCUGGCUCUUCAACUACGGCGUCGGCAUUCAUCUCAUCCAAGCCAAUCAAGGCGACAGAGAGCGACUCCCGGGUCACCACACAGAUCAAGACCGCCAUCUUGACCCCGUUGACAACCACAUCUCUUUCCAAUGUGAUGAGAUGGAGAAGGUGGAGAGAAGGCUGAAGGAAGAGGGGGUGGAAUACAUGAAAAGAACGGUAGGGGAAGGAAACGCCAUAGACCAGCUGUUCUUCAAAGACCCAGAUGGAUUCAUGAUCGAGAUCUGCAACUGCGAAAAAGUGGCUUUAGUUCCUCAGAGAUCUAUGGGCAAGAUCAAGCUUCCCUCUGACCGUCACAAUCCUCCCCUUAAACCCAAAACUUGAUUUAUUUUCAUUUGAGUGUAUAACUCCAUGUAUGGUUUGAUAUUUAAAAAAAAUAUUUGCACUAAAAGCACUAAAACUUAAAUUAUUUCUCUAAAUAGCACUUAAAUUAUUUUAUUUUAUAAACAGCACUUAAUAAUGUCCAUAAUGAUCAGUGAUGGCAAAAAUUUAUUUGAAUAAUGACUAAUGGAUAAU